GGGAGACGAAGAUAAGGCUUGUGACUUUGUGGGGAAGGCAACUCCGCAUUUAUUUCUAUCCACAGCUAAGAGUACACAGCCACUAUUGGGUAGAGCAGGACUGUAACGUAUUAUCGAGCCUCGAGGAUUGUUUGUUCACUCUAGACUUUAUUUCCUCCUCUACCAAAAUACACUCAUUGCUACUACGCACCUGCCUCUUUGUGACGAACCCCCUCAUUUGGCAGACCCCGAACUUCGCAGAGAUAGGAUUUAUGCUGCGAAGUCCACCUGUGAGAGCACGCGAUACCUCGUCCUCGGCGCCCACACUCACCUGCGUAACGUCGCACAGCACAAUGGGCGCGCGCCCCCUUGCCUCAUCCACGACGACGACGACACCCUCGCCCAGCGCGCCAUGAACUCGCCCCCCUCACCACGCGCCGCCAAGCGUGCGCGCACCUCUCCCACCUCCCCCCAAUCCCCGCGCACCCUCGGCCCAGUCGCCGAGGCAUCCCCCGACCAGCCCGCCGCGAAGACUACGGGUCAGAGCAGCAACUUCCGCAAUGUGAGCGCGUGCAAUCGCUGCCGUUUGCGCAAGAAUAAGUGUGAUCAGCAGCUGCCGAGUUGCGCGAGCUGCACGAAGGCUGGUGUCAAUUGCGUGGGAUACGACCCGAUUACGAAGCGGGAGAUACCCCGGAGCUAUGUCUUUUUUCUUGAGGCCAGGGUGGGAUAUCUGGAGGGCUUGCUGGGGGAAGCUGGUGUUCCGUUCGAACCGCCUGAGACGCUGGAGUUAGCUUCGAGGCCGGGACCGGAGCCUAAUACACAGAAGGGAGAUGACGAUUCGAGUUCGAACCAGGGACCAACGGGGAGACGAGGGACUGGAUGGAGCGAAAAGCAGGAGGAGGAAGACAAGCUGGAUAAUUUAGUGUCUAAUGUAGGCAUGAUAUCGGUGCAGGGUGCUUCAGACCCGCGAUACCUCGGCUCGACGAGUGGCAUCUCGUUCGCGAGGGUUGUGUUUGCAGCUGUCAAGAGCUCAGUGUCGUCGGGCGCGGAGAAGGGCGGUGCGAGGGCGCCGGCGGCAAAGGCGGGGCCUAGCGGGACAUCUAUGCGGGACUCAUUUUUUGGGCUUCAAACUAAACCGACCAUCAAGCCGGCGCCAUUCCCAGACCGCAGUUUGGCGCUGCGGUUGAUGCGUUUCUACUUUGAGCAUGCGAAUCCGCAGAUCCCGAUCCUGCAUCGCGGGGAGUUUAUGAAGAUGUUUGACCUAGUGUAUGGAGACAGGAAUCAUGUGCGCACACCGAGGGAGUCGUAUAUAAUGAACAUUGUGUUUGCAAUCGGUGCGGGGAUAUACCUGGGGGAUCCUAAUACGGAGCCAGACGCUCCUCCAACUGAUCCGGCGCCCAAUACGAGCGGGCUCGGGGCGGCUAAUAGGCAGUGCCAGCCGGAGGAGUAUCAUGCGUCGGCGAUUAUGCAUUUAGAAGCGUGCCUGCAGUCUACAGGGACGGCAGACAAACCAGAGGGGUUUGGCGGGGGGUUAGAGGAGUUACAAGCUGUUCUCCUGCUAGCUGGGUUUGCGCUGUUAAGACCAGUGGCGCCGGGGUUGUGGUAUAUCACCGGUGUUGCUGUGCGCAUAGCACUAGACCUUGGUCUGCACUAUGAAGACGGGAAAGAUAUUGACACUGGACUUCGCGAGCAGAAGGCAGGGAAGACCGGAAACGGCGAACCAGAGUCAUACUCUCGCGAGAAGGGAAGACGGGAGUGGAUCCGUGACUUCCGCCGGCGCCUCUGGUGGUGCACAUACUCCUUCGACCGGCUCGUGAGCACCUGCGUCGGCCGCCCCUUCGGUAUCUCCGACCAAGUAAUCACCACAUCCUUCCCCUCCCUCCUCGAAGACAAAUACAUAACUCCGCACGGCUUUCUGACCGAGGGCGCCCACGAAACCUCUAGCAAGCACGUCGCACACCACUACUUCCGCUUCCGCCUCCUCCAGUCUGAGAUCCUGCAGGUCUUGCAGCACCAACAGGCGCAAGCCGUGCGCGCCACAUCCGCAGACCCGUGCAACCCCUUCCUACCGGCACAGCAGGCUUCGCCAUUCCUCGCGCCGUUCGGAUCUUUCCGCGCGUGGCGCCUGGAUAUGGACGGGCGGCUGUGGGCGUGGAAGUCGGCGUCGCCGACACGACGCGAGACUGGUGUGCAGUUCUCGCAUGAGUUCUUGGAGCUGAAUUACUGGCAAGCGGUGCUGAUGGUGUAUCGGCAGAGCCUGAGCGUGCCGGCACAGUUUGCAGAGGAGUUUGAUGGCGCGGCGGAGGUGGGUGCGGGAGCGGUUGGCGAGGGAGAGGAGGCGGUGUUUUUGAAGGUUGCGGAGGCGGGGCAGAGGGUGUUGAGGUUGUAUUGGAGGUUGCACCCUGUUUAUGGCGGGGAUAUCAUUUCUUUAUGCCAUAUGGCAUUCCCCGACUGUGCGAAGUCGACUGUCGACUUCAACAUCCUCGCUGCGACCUCCGUCCUCGGUGACCUCGUUGAAAAAUGUCCCCCUGCUGAAGCAUGCCGUGACGCCUUCGACCGCAUGGCUAAGGCCACAGUGCAGAUGUGCAUGUCAACGAGCAGCCUAUCCGCCGCUCCCGGGCUAGUACCACUGCGUGCACCGGAUGCACCAGCCGCGACGCCAGCGCCGAGGCCCAGGCUGCAGUUUGGGUCGCCUGGGGAUUUAUACACGGCGAGCCCGCCGAGCGGAGGAGGAAACUCGGGGGGCGUCAAGAGUGAGAGCACUGGAGGGGAGGCUGAAGCGCCGAGGGGGCAUGUUCUGGAUCCUUCGAUUAUUCCUGGUGAGGAGAGAGAGAGUUCGUUUCUGGGAGACGGAGGGAUGGGGGUGGAGAGUGGAGAUACAUAUGGAGGAUACGGGGACAUGGGGAUGAGCGAGAUGAACUCGAUGGAGUAUCUCGGGGAUGGUGGGGGCGGGCUGGAGCUGGGAUUUGGGUGGGGUGCGGAUGGAGAAGGGCACGAUUUUGGGGAUGGGGCAAACCAGCUGGACUUUUUUGAUGGGUUCUACUUUGGGACUGGGGUUUGAGGGGUGUACGUUGGACAUGAUACCGGGGCUUGUAAGACGACGGCGUCUAUUGUGGGGGAUUAGUGUAUCAUACACUUUGAGGGUGAUUACAUAGGUGGUAUUAUGAGGCAAUCCAAAUGCCGUUCAAUUUUGUUUUAUC